AGAGAGAGAGAGAGAGAGAGAGAGAGAGAGAGAGAGAGAGAGAGAGAGAGAGAGAGAGAGAGAGAGAGAGAGAGAGAGAGAGAGAGAGUCAGGAGGUUGUGGCUCGAGCGAGCUCAAACUAACUAAGUCACAGAAGACAGCGCAGUCUGAUGAACGGAACUGAACGGGGAGCGAGUGGAGGGCUGCAAUUGGACCAGCCCUUAGCAUGCUGCCACUGGGAUGAUUCCACGGGCGUGACGAAAGCGCCCGGUGCGUAAAACCUCCCGCUGCUGGAGACGAGGUCGCCGCGACUCGCUGCUUGGAUGCAAACAUUCCUCCGUGAGCUCCACACACUGGAAAGCAGCUUUUUAGUGAGCGCACUUGCAUGGGCUCAGGAGACAACCCUUGCCGCAUCUGUGGCGACCUUUGGAAGCCAAUAUAAGACGCUUCCAGUUCUUCUUUAACUUCCCAGGGUAGACCAUGACACCCAACCGACUAAGUCGCGCCUCUGUUUCCUCCGCAAAUAGCUGAACCACCGAAGCGGCCCAAACUUUAUUCCUUCAAAACAUGUCCUCCCCGCAUCUCGGCUCCGCGGAGCCCAACAGGAGUCACCUGGCGACCACCUCCGGGGAGACGGAGCGCCCAGAGGUGCGUGCGGUGCUGCUCGCCUUGUGCGUAACCAUCGCCCUGGCCACGCUGGUCGGAGGCGUGUACUCGCUCUUUGCCCUCUUCCGAAUGCGGAGGAAGACGUCCCUGUGUCUCAUCGUGGCGUCGAUGUCCGUGGACGACCUGGUCAGCGUGGUGCCCCUCUCCCUCUUCACGUUGCUGCACUGGGUGCGGGACGGGGAGAGGGAGGAUAGCUCGCCCGGGACGCUGUGCAUUCUAUCGGGGGUGCUGUACGUUUUCCAGGGGGUCUCCAGCAACAUGAAAGCGUGUCUCAUCGCAGCCUACACCUUCUACAUCACCAAGAGGUUCGGAGUGCUAAAGUCCGUCCAUCGCCCGCUGACGGUGGUCUGGGCCAUCGCGGCGGUGUGGCUCGUCAGCCUGGUGGUGAGCCUGCUGCCGCUGUGCGGAUGGGGGAGUUUCGCACCGGCGACCCUCGGCUGCUUCCCCGACAGACGCAGCUCCUACAGCUUGCUGCUUUUCUCCCUGUACUCAGCGUGUUUCAGCGCCCUGCUGUUUUUCUUCGGGCCCCUCACUUACCAGCUGCUUUGCUCCCGGGAGCCCCAGCGCACCCUGUUCUACCCCAGCUACUUCGAGUUGUCCCGCGGGUUGGAUAGUGGCUCCGCGCCCCUCUGCGAGUUCCCCUCCUUCUCCCGGGAUAGCCUCAAUACGAGUUUUAACGCAUACAGCGAGCUGAGCCCGGUGUCGUUUGUCACGGGACCGGGGAUUCGGGAAGACACGGGGACCUGUAGACCUGCGGGGUCCUCCUCUGAGGGGCCACGGGACCCCAGCGCCGGGGACAGCCCGAUGUGGUUUGCGCAGAAGCGCUUCUCCAUGAUUCUGGCGGUUGUUCGGGUUAUUCUUUGGAUGCCGAUCAUGACCCUGGUGCUGCUGCAACACACCACGGACGUGCGCCUGCCUCCCCUUGAGGCCCUGGGCUUCCUCCUCACCCUGCUGGCCCCGGCCGUCACCCCCCUGUUCGCCCUCUCCGAGCGCUGGAACCACCUGCCCUGUGGCUGCUUCAUCCACUGCCGACGGGACCCGACAGGGGAGCCGAAAGCUCUGAAGAGAAGAUUUGAGUUCUCGCUGUCCUUCCAGCAAGGCUACCGGGUGUACAAGCUCUCCCCGGCCGCCCACUCCCCGGCGCUGACGGCCUCCACGCAGAACAAGCCCUCCUCCUACCACCACCUCUUCCAUGGCGACCUCCACCCGGAGGUCCGCCUCAACGCGCUCGACUCCGGCGGCCUGCCUCCUGACACGCGGCCCGAACACGGGGCUCUGGACUUCAGCGCCGCGCCGCCCGUGGACAGCUCCUCACGCACCGACCUGCGGAUGGAAACCUCCGUCGCGGGUGGAGGGGGUGGUGGCGGAGGUGGAGGAGCCGGAGGUGGAGUAGGGGAGGGCCCGAUGGAAGGCGGUGACGUCCAGCUUCCACAAGAGGUUUGUGGCGGAGGGGAUGAAGAUGGUGGUGGCGGCGGUGGUGGUGGUGAUGGUUUACACCACCACUCCAACCACCACCGGGAGAAGGAGCAAGGGCUCACCAACGCACCACCCGUGUUUGAGGUGCCGGAGAGGAGGCUCUCCCACGAGGAGGGCCGCAAGAUCGAGCUCAGCGACUGGGAGUGGUGCAGGAGUAAAUCAGAGAGGACGCCCAGACAGAGGUCAACAGGUGGGCUUUCAGUGCCCCUGUGUGCCUUCCAAGGAACUGUGUCCCUGCAGGCCCCCACAGGAAAGACGCUCUCUCUGUCUACCUAUGAAGUCAGCAGCGAUGGAAUCAAAAUCAGCCCCACCAACGCCAAGAAGGUGGAGGUGUACCGCUCCAAAUCCGUGGGCCAUGAGCCCAGCGCCGACGACCCCACCGGGGGGGGCCAGGCCGGGGACACGGGCCCCGGGGGAGGCCGGACCAGCUUGGACCUGGGGAUGGGGCUCGGCCUGGGGCUGGGUAUGACGGUGGGCAUGGGCUCCGGGGUGGGGGACACCAACGUGAAGAUCCACCUGGAGGUCCUGGAGAUCUGCGACAACGAGGAGGCCAUGGACAGCGUCUCCAUCGUCUCCAACAUCAGCCAGUCGUCCGCCCACGCCCGCUCCCCGUCACUGCGCUACUCCAGGCGGGAGAACCGCUUUGUGUCCUGCGACCUGGGCGAGACCGCCUCGUACUCCCUGCUCAUACCGAGCGGCGGGAGCCCCGAGGCGGACGGCCUCAACAUCAGCAUCCCCGACACGGUGGAGGCCCACCGGCAGAACAGCCGCCGGCAGACCCAGGACAGCUCCGGCUACAAGGAGGAGAUCCAGCUGCUGAACGAGGCCUACUUGAAGCAGGGGCGUGACGAGGAGGAGUGACUCCCUUUGUACCGGUCCACCGCCUGACAGUGACCGCCACGAGAGGAAUCAGCCCGUGAAAGGGAAAUCUGCCGCAGACUGUGAUCGAGGCUGUGGAGCUCCUUCAGCUAUUUUCUAGUACUUCCUGCUUAAUAGAGAGGUGGAAUAUCAGUAUUUGUUUCAGACGGACGUUUAUAAUAGUUAACGUCUAUCACCGUCUAGUUGAUAAUGGACAGUGAGGAACGUGACGAAUGUAGUAUGCUAGUAUGCAAUAUCAGUAUUGUGUUAGUGAGAACGAGAGAGAGUGUGAGAGAGAGUGAGAGAGAGAGACAGAGACAAAGACAGAGCGAGACAGAGAGCCUGUAAGACUGCAAGCUGAAGAGAAAGCAAACGUUCCUGUCUUAAACCUUCUUCGUAUGGCAGAGUCUUAUCAUAAUGCAGGUCCUGGAGGGAGAGGGAGAUGAUGAAUGAAUGAAGAGAGACACAGGGACUGGAGUUUGUUGCACUGUAGGGUUUGUUCCUCGGGACUACGUCAGUAAUGACUCAACAGACCUGUGUGUCUGACUCAUCCGGCGCUCAUCUCUCUAAGUGUUUUGUAUGCGUCUCUACGUUCCAGUUGCUCUCUUGGUCUAUGGAGACUUGGCUUUUAACGUAUUCAAAGGGUGUAUGUGUGUGUGAGUGUGUUUCUGUGUGCGUGUGUGUGUUUCUGUGUGUGUGUGUUUGUGUUUGUAUAAUGCAUACACACAUUAUAUAACAUUACGUUCUUUGUAUAUGCUUCUGAUUAUUGAUGUUUAUUGUUACGAAAAGGGAGUAAGUAAAAAGAAAGAAAGAAAGAAAGAAAGAAAGAAAGAAAGAAAGAAAGAAAGAAAGAAAGAAAGAAAGAAAGAAAGAAAGAAAGAAAGAAAGAAGACCAUGUUGAUGAAGAGAUCUAGCUGUGGGGAUAUAGUUAUGCAGAGCUGUUUCUCUUCCUCCUCCGUGCACAUUAAGUGCAAUGGGAAUGAGGGACAGCGUGCAUUUUUUAUUGUUGCAGCGGGCAGCCAAUGAAUGUGUGUUAAAUCCUCCUGUCUGCCAGCUCGGUUCGCUCUCUCUCCUAUCCUAGCAUUACCUGGAGAGAAUCACCAUCUCAGUUCCAUCUGCAUGCAGUAAUGCAGGAGGGUUAAAUAUUAACGGACACAUUGGGAAUCUCAGCACAUCUGUGAGUAGAGGUGAUGUGUGCAAUCUUUUGUUAAAG